UCCCCCCGUUCCCGGUUCCAGCAAACUGCUUCUCUGCCCCCAUUCCACACGUCAGCACCCAUGCUUUUUGUCCAGUCCUCCUGGGCAGGGCUGAGGGUUUCUAGAGAGUUCAUUCAGUCUGUAUUCGUUUUUCAGGGCCUCCAUGAAGUUCCAAGGAUGGGCUAAAUACAGCAAGGUGAACCCCAAGUCCCUCCCCCAGAAGGCCUCUAAACUGUGGGGAUACUUCCAAGAGGCACACCAUGUGAGGCAGGAGGGCCAAGUGGCCUGAAAUAGCCCCAGCCCCUGUGCUGGGCCAGCAAGCCUGUGUGCUGACUCACCAGCUCGAAUGCUAAUGGGUCUGGGAAUCUAGGUGCCAGGGUUCCAGGGACAAGCUCUGGUGAAGUCCCAGAGGGCCUCGGCGCCCCGGCUGCUCGGCGGACGUUUGUCGAAUGAAUGAACGAAUCGGAAGCCCUGACAGACCCGGCAGAGGAGGCGGAAUGGGUCCCGUGGCGGGGCCGCCCCGCAGCCGCUCCCACCCGCGCAGACUCCGGUCUCCUGGUCCGGCCCCGCCCGCGCCUCCUGCUUCCAGCGAAACUGCUCCCUCUCCCCACAUCCCCCGCCCUCCAUUCACCCCCGGCUCCGGGACCCUUCCUGCCGACCUCACCCCCACUCCCGGGAUGGAGCGGCUCGAGCCCACCCGGAGCCCCCCGCGGCCGGGGUGACGGUCCCGCCACCCCUCUCCUGCCCGGCCCCCGCCUCGAGCACCAUGGGCCUGAGGGGUUCCAGGGGCGCCAGACGCUGAAGAUGACCGAUGCCGGAGCUGUCUUGAGUCAUGGCUUCUUCAAAGCUCCGAGAACCCGUGGAUGAGGUUUUUGACCUGGACUUGGCUGUGCCAGAGACGGCCAGACUGGACAGCAGUUUACACAAGGCCCGGGCCCAACUGUUGGCCAAGGGCCGGAGACACCGGCCGUCCCGCUCCAGGCUUCGGGACAGUGCCAGCUCCGCAGAGGAUGGUGAAGGCUCCGACGGGCCCGGAGGCAAGGUGACCGACGGCUGCGGGAGCCCCCUGCACCGGCUGCGCUCGCCUUUGCACUCAGGCCCGGGGUCCCCGGCCGGGGGCUCUUUCUGCCUGGAUCCUCCGGGGUUGCGGCGCAGCCUGGACGAGGACGAGCCGCCGCCUUCGCCGCUCACGCGCUACCGGCCCCUGCACAACGCUGCCUCGCACGAGGGUCUGGCCGCCGCCUCCUGCUCUCCGCCGCGCUCCGCGCCCUCCUCCGACAGCUCCCCCAGCUUCGUGCGCCGCCACCCGCGCGCAGAGCCGCACAGCGAAGAUGACAGCCGCGAUGCCAGUCCUCCCGAGCCCGCCAGCCCCACCAUCGGCCUGGAUAAGAAGACCCGCCGAAAGUUCCUGGACCUGGGGGUCACCCUGCGCCGAGCAUCCACAGGCAAGAGCCGGAAGGAGAAAGGCAGCAACCGCCUGUCCAUGGGCAGCAGGGAGUCAGUGGAGGGGUCCGGCAGGUCAGGGGUCUCCCCCUUCCUGCCUUUUUCCUGGUUCACAGACAGCGGCAAGGGCUCAGCAUCCUCGGGUAGCACCACCUCCCCCGCCUGCUCCCCUAAACACGAGGGCUUUAGCCCUAAGAAGUCAGCUUCCCAGGAAUCCACCCUGAGUGAUGACUCCACGCCCCCCAGCAGCAGCCCCAAGAUCCCCAGUGGGCCCCGGCAGGAGGUCAAAUGUUCUUACCCCUACCACACGCUGUCUCAGUCUUCAGAUGAGUUCCUGGAUGAACCCCUCCCCCCUGUCCACCAUUGGACCAGCCGGCAGGUGGGCCAGUGGCUGCAGAGCCUCAACCUGGAACAGUAUGCUGCCGAGUUUGCUGCACGGCAGGUAGACGGGGCACAGCUGCUGCAGUUGGACGGAAGCAAACUAAAGAGCCUGGGGCUCAGCAACUCGCAUGACCGGGCACUGGUGAAGCGCAAGUUGAAGGAGCUGGCAGCGGCUGCCGAGAAGGAGCGCAAGGCCCAGGAGAAGGCUGCACGGCAGCGGGAGAAGCUCCGGCGCCGAGAGCAGGAGGCCAAGAAGAGCUAGGGGAGGGUGUACAGGCGCUGGCGCUCGGCAGGGCGGCCGCUGGCUCAGCGGGCACAGGCCUCACCAGGGAGGCUGGGCCUGGGCGCCGCGCUUGGGCUAGCCUGGUCCCACGAUCACGGGCGGACAUGCCCUCUCUUACCCUGUCAUUUGGUCUAGACCCAGAGCCCCCAGAAAGGGAGACCCCAGGGAGAGGGCCUAGUAAUAAAUCCUAUUUUGAGGACUUGUUUGGCACAGAAUUCCUGGGGGAGGAGCAGAUGAAGGGGAGAGGGCAGAGAGGCCAGGGCCGAGGCAAGUCUGGGAGCCUGGGUCAGCCUGUCCCACUGCCUUCAGGCCACCGUGCCGCUGGGGUAGAGGGGAGCUAGGAGGCCUGCCUGCCUGCUUGCCUGCCAGAGGCCCUGAGGCUGGGCCCCAGGGCUCAGAGCUGGGCUGGGCAUUUCAGCAGAAGCAGGUGUGGGAGCUGCUCCUCUCCACUCUCCCAGGGGGCUGUGUGGUGGGAGAGCUCUGUCCUGCUCCCCUGAGAGGCCAGUGGGCGCUGCAGCAAGUUGCACUCAGGGUAGACUCCCAGCCAAACUCCUCAACAGGAGAGCAGAGAAAGCAGCCUGGGGUGAGUGCAAUCUUUGCCAGGACUCAAGAGGGGAAGAUGAACACCCUCUUCUCCCACUCCCCUCCUCUGUCCUGUGGGUUCCAGGGGGCGAGAUGACAUCCACACAGGUCUGCCUCUCAGGGCCCAUUCAAAACCUGGUCUUUGACCCAUUCUCCAAGCCAGGACUCCCUUCACUUCCUGCUGCUUCCUCAGAGGGCACCUGAGCCCUCUUUGGGAGCUGAGCGAACAGGAGCUGAUAGGGACAGAGGACACCACUUCCACCAGCCAAGGCCUAGGAGCUGCUGACCUGGUCAGCUCUCACCCCAGCCAGGAAGAGGGGCAAAACCUGGGGGUCCCUGGCAGCUGCGAGAUUGGAAAGGUUCAUCAGCACUCCAUCUGCCCCAGGCAUUGUCAGGGAAUCAGUGGGCUCAGAACUGGCAGGUGGUGCAAGCUCUGCUUCGCUGGGCCACACUGAGGGCUGGGGCCAGCUCCCUGGAUGGGGGUGGAGUCUACCAGCAGCCUGGGGACAGCAUGUGUCCUUUUUAGGAAAUGUCCUUGGAGGAAGUGUCCAUGUGUGGCGCUGGUCAACAGCUAGCCCCACUUCCAGGACACUAGUCAGUUACCGAUGGGGCCGGGGGGCUCCUGCUUGGAAACCCCUCCAGCUCCUCCCAUCUGCCCAGAGCGAUGGAUGGCACCAAUGCAUGCUGGCUCCCUCAUUGCUGCCCAGGGGCUGCGGCUUACAGCCAGCACCCUGUACCUGGGACUCAGUCCUUAUCCCCCCUCUGCUAUCUGUGCUGGGCGAGGGGCUUCGGAGGGAAAACAGAUAUGAGGACACUGGCACCAUCUGGGCCUGGUGGCAGGGCCAUGGGAGGUUGGAAGGCACCCACAUCCUUAAAGCCAUCAGUAGCUACAGUGGGUGCCUACCUGCAUGCGAAGGGGAGGCAGUUCUCAAUUUAUUUCAAUAAACACUUAUGAUGUGCCAGUGACCAGAA